CACACACACACACACACACACACACACACACACACACACACAAAAGCUGACUGACUGGCGAAGGCAGAUAGAUGAUGUUAAUAAUAGCGCUGUGUAGAACCGCAGUUGAAGAAUCAACAUUGUGGAAUAAAAAGACUGAUUUGUAAUUUGUUAUCUUCCAUAAACAUGCUAUACCCAUCCAUCUUCUAAAAUACAUACGAUUAUCCCUGCUUGCCUUCCUAGCUUCCUUCCUUCAUUUCUGUCCUUCUCUGCCAUAGAUCUCUGCUCUACCCCUGAUCUCCUUUUCAUCUCGCCGCUCCUGCCUAUGUUUCGCUGCCUUGCAGCCAGGCUUUACCCGUCGCUUUGCUGCCUCUUCCCCCGCCUCCCCCUCCUCUCCAGCACAGAGGGAGGAAGACAGAGGGGAGGGGACAUGAGGAACGAGCCAUAAAGAGCAGGGACCUGCACACAGAGAGAGAGAGCAAGGGCGAGAGAGAGAAGAGGAGGGGAGAGACAGGCUCCUCUGGUAUUGAAUGAAUUGCCUCUUGCAACAAGGAGGGGCAUGUUGGAGAAGCGGCAUUGGAGAUUCCUGUCCGCACGUUAAUUGCAUGUGCACGAGACGAGGGAGCACGGAGGAAGCUGGACCAGGAGUGUGCAUGUGUGUGAGCGUGUGGGACUGAUUGAUGUCCGCCAGUGCCUGUGCACUUGUGUGCAUGCCAGCGUGAUUCUCUCUGGACGCAUUCAAGUGGACAGCUUCUCUCUCGUCUGUCCCUCCAGAGCCUGGUUUUUGCUUUGGACCAAAAAAGGACAUUUCCGUGGCAUCUCGGUCUCUGCGACGUUGUUCUUCCCGCGGCGGCAGCGGCGGCGGCGGCGGCGGCGGCGGCUCUCUCCCCGGCGGCGUGCAGAGGACAGCAGCGGUCAGGGGAGCCGCGCUGUGUCCCCUGAUGGCCGCAGGGCUCACACGCUCGUCCAGGCGUCUCCUCCACACAUCCACAGCCUGGGAUCCGCUUUCGCCUCUCAUUGACGUCUCUCCUCCUCCCCUGGUCCCCGGUGGCUCAUCAGCGUCCUCGCUGUCUGCCUCAGAACGACGGCCUGCCUCCGCCGGCCUCUGCAUGGAUGCUGCGUGUCAGGACUCAUGCGAGGCAUGGAAUGAGAUCCCCAUGAUCUGAGGGCGGACUGCUCACACUGUCUCUGCAGCUGCUGCCGCUUCGUCUUCUCACUCUUAUCAUCAGAGGCACUAAUGGUAAAAAUGAUCGGAGGAAAUAUCAAAAGGAACUGAACCUUGACAAACCUCGUUUCAACAACGGCGGGAGAUUCAUCAAGACAACGUAACAGGAAUAAGGUCAAGUAAAUAAUUAGCAGCCUGGAGGCGCUGUAAUGAGGAGGAUCUUCUCCGGUCGCAUGCAUAUGUAUUAGACGGGCUUGACUUGGGGUAUGGACUAGACAUUCAUCUCGAGGACCGAGGGAACGUUACCUCUGGUGAAUUGACAGCCCAUUGACAGACGUGUGAGGCAGUGGGGACAUUUUGGCGGUUCUAUUUUUGCGCUGAUGUGAAACACGGCGAGCCAAGCAAACCGUGACGGAAAUCGAAAUCUCAAGUGGAGGAAACAAGGGAGGCGCUCUGGGGGGGGUUGAUAGAUGGAUCCGUCGACUUCCCGGCCGUCAUAUCGUCUGAGGGAAAACCUAAUCCCCCUCCAUGUGAGCCGGGCCUUCCCGUUCUGCUGCCGCGUUGGUCCAAGGUGCCCCACCGCGGCGCGCUGCUGAGGCGUCCGCUGGUCCAUGCCGCUCAGUCGGUUCAUUCAUCUCGCGGUUUGUCCCCCUUAGUCUGAGCCCAUGAGCGGAGGAGGCGCCCUGCAGCAGCGCACCACCUACCUCAUCUCCCUCACUCUGGUCAAGGUUGAGGCGCUGGAGGAGGAUGGCCAGGACGCCAGGAAGAACGGACAGGGGGGAGAGGGAGAGGCCGAGGCCGAGGCCAGGCCUGGGAGCGGGCCGGGGGGAGCGGGCGGCGAGGAGCCCCGGGUCAGAGGAGAGGCGGUCCCUGCACCCGGGGGGAUGCAGGGGCCGCCGCGUGGGGUCGAGGACGCCGCCACGCAGAGAGGGAGCGUACUGAGUGAGCUCAGAGAUGAGGAGGAGGAGGAGAGACCAACCCUCAGCCCCGCGAGAGACAAAGUACCUUCUGCUGGUGAUGCUGCCCCGGCCAAAGGAAGUGAGAAGCCACUGUGCAACCUCACGAUCCCAUUAGCCUCUGAGAGGGCUCUCCCACACACCGCUGCGGACAGAGACUCGAGGAGAGGGGAAAAGACACUCUCUGGUGAAAAGACGCCCUCCGCCUUGGAGGCAAAGAAAUGCGUUUCUCCGUCACUGCCCGGUAUGUCACCGAUGGAGAUGUCGGAGCCCGUCCGCACCCCGACCCGCAGCAGCUUCCCCAUCCGGCCCGUGGGUCAGCGACCCGUCAGUCUGCUGAAGUCCCACAGCAGCGUCACCACUCGAGGCCGGGACUCUCGAGACGGCAGGGAGCGGAGUCCCACCUCAGCCCAAAGCUUGGACCGCAAGGACAGCCGGAUGCCUACCCGCUCCCCGGGGCCCUGCAGGGCGUCCUGGGCCGAGGCCAGCAGGACGGAGGGUUGGAGGGACCCGCGGGAUGAGGCUGACGGUCGGGCUAGGGUCGGGAUGCCCUUGGAGAUCGGAGGGGGCCCGGUGAUGAGAGACAUGCCCAGGAAGGAGAGGCUGAAGACGGGGUCAGCGUCCCUGCCCGGCCCGGCCAGCCAGCCGCCCAAACCACGCAAAGGCAAGAGCCGAACGCUGGACAACAGCGACCUCAACAUCCUCUCGGAGGACCUGGCUCUGACCAGGGAGAUCCAGCAGAUCCAGCAGAGCCAGCGCGGCUCUGCCAAGGACCGGAAGAUGUUGAAGUUCAUCAGCGGGAUCUUCACCAAAAGCAGCUCGGGGCCCGCGGCCUCGGGGCCGCCCGUCUACAUACAGAGGGACUCCAGCGAGGAGGAAGUCAAUAUUGCCAACAGCCAAGAGUGGACCCUGAACCGAUCCGUCCCCGAGCUCCACCUGGGGGUCCUGGGGAGUCUGAAGAGCGGGAAGUCGGCUCUGGUGAACAAAUACAUCACAGGCAGCUACGUGGCUCUGGAGAAGGCUGAUGGGGGCCGGUACAAGAAGGAGGCGCUGGUGGACGGCCUCAGCCACCUGCUCCUGAUCCGCGAGGAGCCCGGGGCCCCCGACACCCAGUUCAGCAGCUGGGUGGACGCGGUGCUGCUGGUGUUCAGCCUGGAGAACGAGGCCAGCUUCCAGGAGCUCUACCAGCUCUACAGCCAGCUGCACUCUCACCGAGCGGACCUCCCCGUCAUAGUGGUGGGCACCCAAGACAAAAUCACGAGCAGCAACCCGCGGGUGAUCGAUGACCAGAGGGCCCGGCAGCUGUGCAUCGAUGUGCGUCACUCCCUCUUCUACGAGACCUGCGCCACCUACGGCUUCAACGUGGACCGCGUCUUCUCCGAGGCCGUCCAGAAGAUUGUGGCCCAGAAGAAGCAAGCCGCCCUCCUGGCCUGCAAGUCCCUCCCAAACUCCCCCAGCCACUCCGGGGGCUCCACACCGGGCUCCGCCUCCUUCCCAGGCCAGGUCGUUAACGGCCAGGGAGGUGAGGCCUACCCCUCCUCCCUCCCCUCCACCCCCGUGGUCAGUCAUAGGGGGCUGGGGCUGGGGGGGGAGGGGACGGGAGGCAGCGCCACCCCUCGCUCCCUGAAGAACACCCCUCACCGCCGGCCCUCGCUGUUCAAGAAUCGCGACGCCGACAAAAAGGGGACGGAUCCUAAAGGCGACUUGGGGAGCGGCCGAGCCAUCUCACUCAAGCAGAGCAUCCUCUGGAAGCGCAGCGGCAGCUCUCUGAAUAAAGAGUGGAAGAAGAAGUACGUCACGCUGUCCAACAACGGCAUGCUGUCCUACCACUCCAGCUCCAGUGACUACAUGCAGAACGUCCACGGGAAGGAGAUCGACCUGCUGCGCGUCACCGUCAAGGUUCCCGGGAAGCGCCCCCCGAGGGCCGUGGCCCCGGCGGGCCCCUGCGCCGGGCCCGCCCUGGCCCCCGCCGCCGGGGUGAACGGGGUCCCGAAGGGGGGGCCCUCUUCCUCCACCGAGGGGCCCGCCAGCAGCCUCAGUGGUCCUCAGCUGUGUCCCUCCACGCUGACGGUUGCUGACGACAGGGCGGGCGUUCUGUCGCCGCUAGGGGGCGACAAAGGGCUCCAGCGCUGCUCGUCCUCACUCUCUACCAAGGCCCAAAGUGUCGAUGCCCUUGAAGGAGUAGCCAAUACCUUCAGUGCUAAGGAGGCCAGCCAAUCGUCUCCCCUGAGUGACAGGAAGAAGAACCGGAGGAAGAAGAGUAUGAACCAGAAGGGAGAAGCUGUGGUGGGACAGGCUGAAGCAAAACGCAAAAUGUGGAAAUUAAAGAGCUUUGGUAGCUUGAGAAACAUAAAUAAGACAGAGGAGGAGAACGCAGACUUCAUCGUGGUGUCCUUCACGGGGCAGACCUGGCACUUUGAGGCCCAGAGCCUGGAGGAGAGGGACGCCUGGGUGGCGGGCAUUGAGAGCCAGAUCCUGGCCAGCCUGCAGGCCUGCGAGAGCGGCCGCAACAAGGCCCGGAGGAGCAGUCGGAGUGAGGCAGUGGCCUUACAAGCGAUCCGUAACACCAAGGGCAACAGCCUGUGUGUGGACUGUGGAGCGCAGAACCCCACCUGGGCCAGCCUGAACCUGGGAGCCCUGAUCUGCAUCGAGUGCUCCGGGAUCCACCGCAACCUGGGCACCCACCUCUCCAGGGUGCGCUCCCUGGACCUGGACGACUGGCCCGGAGAGCUCACCCAGGUGUUGGCCGCCAUCGGCAACCACAUGGCCAACAGCAUCUGGGAGAGCUGCACCCAGGGCCGGGCCAAGCCCGCACCCCACUCCUCCCGCGAGGAGAGGGAGUCCUGGAUCCGGGCCAAGUACGAGCAGCGUCUGUUCGUGCCGCCGCUGGGCCCCGCGCCCGGGGAGGAGGCCGGCGCGGGCCGGGGCGCGGCGCUGCGGCUGCUGUCGGCCGUCACCGAGAGGGACCUGCCCGGGCUGCUGCUGCUGCUGGUCCACAGCACCAAGGAGCAGAUCAACGCCCCCCCGGCCGGCCCCCCGCCGGCCCCCGCCUGCAGCGCGCUGCACGCGGCCUGCCAGCUGGGGGACGUCGUGAUGACCCAGCUGCUCAUAUGGUAUGGCAGUGAUGUUGAAGCCAGGGACACCCAGGGCCGUACAGCUCUGGUCUUCGCCAGAAAGACUGGCAGCAAGGGCUGCGUGGACAUCCUGCUCCAACACGGCUGCCCCAACGACGCCACGCCCAUCACCACCCCCGUCCUCUCCCGCCGAUCCAGCACGGCCAGCCUGGGGCGGAGCAACUCCCGGCAGCGGCCCUCAUAGCCUGGACUGACCAGGACGCCGCUCCACGGGGACACUGGCUCUGCUGAGUACGAUUGGUCGAAUUUAGAAACCUAACAUCGCCAUGGAUGCUUGCAGAGUGGACUUUCCUGGAGGCCUCCAGUACACUGAGGGAGAAGUAGUAUACAUAACAUGCUUAAAUAUAUAUAUAUACACACACACAUGUAUAUUCAUAUAUAUAUAUAUAUGUGUGUGUGUAGGGAUAUUCUCAAUUUUAUGUCUGAAGACUGAGCAACAUAUCAAACAACUGAAAAGCAAUAUUCAUUCGAUUCGUUGGUGUUCCAAAUAUUGCCGGACUGUAUGUAGUCGUCGUUGGCCCGUUUCCGAUGCAUCUCAAAGUCCCUCGAAGACCAAUCAGCUCCUGUAUCACUUCCUCGUAAAAAAGUGGACGAAAGUAUCGAUGACCAUGAAAUAUAGUCCAAGCCUAUUGACCACUGGGACCUUGUUGUCAUUGUUGUUGUUUUUCAAGGUUUUGUUGUGGCUGGACCAAAACUAGUUUUUUGUUUGUUUGGCUCAAUCAAUGACAUGGAACUAUAUGGCAUGUUGUUUGGCAUGUUUUCAUGGGUCAACCGGACGACACAAACGUGGCAAACAACAUAAUUUACCAUGGUUCAACUGAUUAAAAUGUGUACAAUUCCACUUAGAUUAGACUGCGGAAUGGUAUGAAAGAAAUAAAAAAAAUACAUGUUGAUAUUACUCCCACAAGUUGAAAAAAUGAUGUUUUAAUAUAUUGUAAAUGUACCUACUACUUAAUGUUUACUGUGGUGACCAUACAGGCUCUGAAGAAACAAGCCCCUGUUUUGUAAAUGGUUUCUUACCAGUAGUUUUAAAUGUUUUUUUUUUCAUUUUUAUUUUAUAAUUUCUUAUUUCCAAACCAAGUCACAUGCUCAUAACAUGGUAAUACAGUGCGUCUGUUGUCGACAUGCCUGUCCAGCCAGCAGACAUGCUGACUAUAUUAUUAGAAGAGCAGCAUUGAGAUGAUCAUAUUCAAAAAUGUGUAGCUCCCUGCCAUGCAUUUUUAAUUAACCAUAUUGAGGUUACAUAUUCAAGGGUUCAUAUUUUCAUUUCAGACCCUGUGUUUAUUAUGUGAAAACGAGCUAAAAUAUCUGAAUAAAACGCAUUUUUGUUAGUG